AUGACGAAAGAUCUAACUGAUCUAGAAAAAGAUCAAAAAACAGUUCCAACUACGUUCAUAUGGUCGAAAGGGGGUGACCAUGUUGCUUUAGCUGGUUCAUUUGAUCCUCCAAUACCAACAUGGACUCCAAUUGAAAUGCAAAAAAUUUCAAACGAUUCUCAUCAAGUGAUUUUGAAUUUAUCACCCAAUAAAAAAUAUUUUUAUAAAUUUGUUGUGGAUAAUCAGUGGGUUUUGGAUCCUAAUUUAGAAAGUUGCUUGGAUGAAGAGGGUAAUAAAAAUCACCAUAUUUCCGUGCAACCUUUAAAACCUUGCCUGGAUGAAAAUCGUGAGCAUAAUGUGGAUCCUUUAAAACCACCUGCUACUGUUCCAUUCAACGGUAAAGAAAGAGACAUGGGGUCAGAUGUGUUUAGUGUAGAGGAAUUUAUUUCAACCGAACAUAAAGAAGAAAUUAAACCCAGGUGGAAAAAUUGUAGUAUUAAUUGA